AUGCUCUCGAGAGGGCUGAAAGAUGGCGAAUCGCCAGAAUCGAUAGGCCCACUUUAUUUGAUCCAGUUUGCCAAUCAUCACGUCAACUUUCGAUGGGCCGAAUUUCAAGCAGCAGCAGAAUAUCAUGAUGUGAAGUAUUGCUUCUCAAGCACUGCGGCAAUGAUGAAUGAUUUGAGCAUCACCGACGAAGUAACAAAUGAUGCAUUGGAUACGGAACGUGUCUUUGCAUCGGUACAUUUAGCAAAUGAUGAUGUUGCACGUAAGAUGGCCGAAAGAGCGAUUUGCAUUCGAUCCGUUUGGCAGCAUUGGGCAAGUGCAAACACGCUGGAGAGCCUUUUGAAGAAUCUGAGUGAGAUCGAAUCUGUUCGGAAGCUAUGGAAACCGUAUCAAAAACCAGAGGUGUCUUGGAAGGCAACCGUUGCGGCUUAUAUGCAUACAUUGACACACAAAGAACGAUUGAAUAGGAUAGAAGCAUUUGCAGACGUUCUCGCAUUCAAAGGUCCAAUCAAUCUCCAAACUCCAAUGGUGAAUUGGUGUUACUCGGAAGAAUGGACAGAGCCAAACAAUGUCGAUCAAUGGGAAGGCUAUGAUGGAUAUGAAAAGGGACCUUCGGGACAGAAUCAGAGACUCAUUGCAGUACACACAGGCAGGAAAAUCUGUGAUGGUAUCGCACGGGACUUGAUCGGAAUAAUGGAUGUGAAGAAGCGGGCAUACAUUGGAAACACGACGAUGGAAAGCAGUAUGAGCUUAGUACAGGCAUCCAUGGCAUUGGCAGGGCCAGGCAAGUUGUUCUACGAUCCUUUUGCAGGGACAGGAUCUCUUUUGCUUGCUGCUGCAGCAUAUGGUGCUCACGUAUUAGCCAGUGAUAUUGACGCACGAAUGAUGAGAGGGAAAAACAGCGCAAAAGGCUCACUGGGGAUACUUCGAUCGGCAAAACAAUACGGCACAGAACACCUCUUUAUCGAUUCCUUAUGUUUUGACGUAACACAACAUCCUCUCAGAAAGGGGGGCUUAUUUGAUGCAAUCGUUGCAGAUCCACCUUAUGGUAUUCGUGCGGGUGCAAAGAAGCUAGGCAAACGAAGAGGAGAAAAGAUGCGUGAUGAACCAUUCAUGAUGCCAGACGGUCAAUAUUCGCAUGAACGACCCGAUUAUCAUCCUCCCAGUAAGCCAUACGCUCUUGAUGAGCUUUUGUGCGAUCUAAUGGAAUUUUCGGCAAAGAUGCUUGUCCCAAAAGGACGUUUAGUAUUUUGGAUGCCAACAAUGACAGAUGUGGAAUGUGAUGACGAAAGUGCAAAAGGCGGUGUAACAACAUCACAAAUUGAUUUACAACUUCCACCUACAAAACACUUCAAGCUUAUCGCUCACAGUCUACAAGAUUUCACGAAUUGGGGUAGAAGAUUGAUCACACUUGAAAAGAUCGAUGCGAAAGAAGAGGAUCUUGUUGAAAAGCAUCUAGUACUUCCAGCCGCUCCAAUUAACCACGUACAAUCUGCACGAGAUGGACAAGAAUUGGCCAACACAAAUGAACAACAGAAACAAGGCAGAGCUAUUGACGAUCUCAGUGUGUUUAGAGAUCAGUACUUCAGAACAUUGGGAAGAGGUCGCAGAGAAGCAAAGGAAGCUCAAAAAGCAGCUACACAAAAUGUACCAUGA